AUGCUCCAGCCGUUCACCGAAUCUAUACACAUCGAAGGGUCGCCCGAGUACCUCCGCAUCAAACUCAGUAUUGUCCACCAAGGUAACAAGAACAAUAACCCUGUAGUCCUCAACGAAUAUCUGGAUCUCGCUCAGUACCAAGCCGUCGGCGGCAAUCCACCGUCGCUCAAGUAUCGACUGAGCAGUGUGCUGUCUCACUUUGGACGACAUCUGAAUUCCGGACAUUGGGUAGCGAGCGCACGUGGUCCUGAUCACGUCUUCUACAUCAAUGAUGCUACGGUUACCCAGCAAGACGCACCCUCGCGGUUGAGAGCUAACCCACAAAUGAAAUCGCAAGCUGUUGUUUUGAUGCUUUCCGUUUGUAUCUACCUAGAGUUCCCCGCCUUCCUCACUUCGAACCCUUCAAGUGCUCUUCGAUUAAUUCCGAGCGCAAGGCUGAACGCAGCCAUGAUGACUACAUUUCACCUCUUCUCCAACCUUCCCGCCGAACUGCGCGUUCGUAUCUGGCACGUCGCACUCGAGGACGACUACACCGACUUGAAGGGACGCCAUCGCAUUAUCGAGCUACACAACUACAAAGCCGGCCCCCAGGUGGGCGUCGCUGUGUCUCGCCGUUACCCUACUCUUUUCGAGGUCAGCCGCGAAGCACGAUGUGAAGCUGCUAAAGCCGGCGGCGGAGAGUGGACUACUGUGAAGGCACGAUUCGACGGCAGACAGGAGCCAGGCCAUACCACCAGCUUCAAGAUUUACAUCAACUUUUCACACGAUGUAGUUCUCCUCUCAGAUCGAGCCAUCUCUCAGCAAGCGCCUGUGGCUAUACUCAAAGUUUACUACACGAGUCCUGAAGCUACCAAAGUACUAGUCUUGAUGACUCUACUACCGAACGACGUCAUCAAGAAACUCGCGCACCUCAUGCUUACCACAACCGGAGUACGUUACCAGGGCGAGCGUCUUGAGAACUUCUCCUCACUCGAACGUCUUCAUCUCUACGUCCGCUAUGGCAUCUAUGACGUCAUGUCCCCAAUUAGGCAGCAUAUAUCGAAAGCAUGGAGGCUUUUGGACUCAGAAGCACCACGCGUGUCGUGCUUUCCCCCCUGCCGUUCUACCAGCGGCGACUCCGUUCAUGACCGGGACACUAUGGCUUGGGUCUUCGAUUCUGGCGUCAUGGAUAUCGAGAGUGACGGUAUUCGCAAGGUUGAGUGGGGUUUCAGAAAGGACUUGUGGGUUCCGAGGGCGAAGAAGGGAUCGGGUACUCUGCAAAAGAUUGGCUAA